AAAUGAAAUGCCGUCUGGUGACGCGAAUAGCUAAGUCUCGUAAAAUCUCGCAAUAAACUCUCAAACAAAAAUUACCUUAUCACAGUUCUUACUGUUGAUGGAUACAUGUUACACAUUUAAGCAGGAAUGUAUUCUUGUAGUUGAUGAUCAGAACCAACUAGAUCUUAUAAAGACUAAACUGUGGGAAUAAAGAUUACAAAUGCUGGAUCAAGGAUAUGAGAGACGCUUAUUAAGACAACAGAAUGGGCAAAGUAGCAUUCUCUCACCUGUAAAUUCACCAAUUUCACAUCGGAACUCUCUUACUUCAAUCAUUUCACCUUCAAAAGACAGUUAUGGUGAUCGCUUCAUUCCAUCUAGGGCAGGAGCAAAUUGGAAUACCAGUUUUUCAGUGAUACAGGAUAGUAGCAAGUCACCAGGACAGACCAAGAAAGCUAAAGAUGCUACAGCAGAAUCAAACAAAGAUGGUAUAGCAUAUAACUGUUUGUUGAAGAAUGAAUUACUAGGAGCUGCCAUAGAAGAUAUCAAGGAACAAACAGAAGAAAGGAAAGCUUUCUCCCCAGUUGAUAGAAAAAACCUUUUUCAGUUUCGGAUUAGGCGAGGUAACUCCCUGGAUGAGCCUUCCUCACCAUACUCUAUAUCUCCAGUCAGUAGCAAAAGUCAAAAGUUGUUAAGAUCUCCAAGAAAGGCAGCCAGAAAGAUUUCCAAAAUUCCCUUUAAAGUCCUUGAUGCUCCUGAGCUACAGGAUGACUUUUACUUAAACCUAGUUGAUUGGUCUUCAUCAAACAUUCUGAGUGUAGGAUUAGGAACAUGUGUUUACCUGUGGAGUGCAUGUACAUCUCAGGUUACAAGGCUGUGUGACUUGUCUGCAGAUGGAGACUCUGUAACAUCGGUUUCCUGGGCAGAAAGGGGCCACUUGGUGGCUGUAGGUACACAUAAAGGCUAUGUUCAGGUGUGGGAUGUAACAGCUAACAAAAGAAUAUCAGUACUUGAGGGACACUCUGCUCGAGUGGGAGCAUUAGCCUGGAAUGGAGACAUUCUUUCAUCUGGAAGUCGAGAUCGAUUGAUUUUGCAGAGGGAUGUGCGAACACCAUGUACUGUGCCUGACAGGAAACUAGCAGGUCAUAGGCAGGAGGUUUGUGGAUUAAAGUGGUCGCCAGACAACCAACAUUUAGCCUCAGGUGGAAAUGACAAUAAGUUAUUUGUGUGGAGUCUUAAUAGUGUAGUGCCUGUUCAGACUUAUACUGAACACCUUGCUGCUGUAAAGGCUAUAGCGUGGUCAUCACAUCACCAUGGGCUCCUUGCCAGUGGUGGAGGCACAGCUGAUCGGCGUAUAAGGUUCUGGAACACCUUAACUGCUCAGCCAAUGCAGUGUGUGGACACAGGGUCACAAGUGUGCAACUUAGCAUGGUCUAAGCAUGCAUCAGAAUUAGUGAGUACCCAUGGAUAUUCACAGAACCAGAUUCUUGUGUGGAAAUACCCUUCAUUAACUCAAGUAGCUAAAUUAACAGGACACUCUUACAGGGUAUUAUACUUGGCAAUGUCACCUGAUGGUGAAUCUAUUGUCACUGGUGCUGGAGAUGAAACACUGAGAUUUUGGAAUGUGUUCAGCAAGGCCAGGUCCCAAAAGGAAGCCAAGUCAGCCUUGAAUUUGUUUACGAGUAUUCGCUGAUUAUCUGAGUAAUGUGCAUUUGGUGAUUAGGUAUUUCUUCAGUGUAAAAUAUCAUGGACCAAAAUUUUCAUCCCAUUUUUGACAAACUCUUUCAAAAAAUGUAAACAUUAAAAAUCUUAUGUUGUUGCUAGGAGCUAUUUUGUUAUGUUUUGGUUUCUUUUUCUUUUCACAAGCAGUGAAAAUAAAUAUAAGUGCAGGUUUACUUCUGGCAUUGACACCAGAAAUAUUGUUGUACUGUGAUCAUUAUUUACGUUUAGAUUCAUGUCAGUCAUGCCUCUUAACUUAAUUAUCAUGUUAGCAUAUAAAAAUUCUGUAAGUUGCUUUUUUGUUUUAUCUCUGAAGGUUUAUUUCUAUGUUACUAUACAGAAUGCACAGUUCUGUAAUCUGGCUCUCUUUCUUCAACAAUGGUGAAUAAAAUUUUCAAAAUGAGUGUUA